AUGAGAGAGUAUCCUGCUACUUCGAAUGCGUUCUUGACCAUGAAGAAUGUUUCUCAAGCACAAAUGUUGGCCCAAGCAGUGUUAGAUCCCAAAGUCAAUCACCUUAUAACUAACUUGGCUCCUGCUCCGCAUGACAUUCGAUGGGAUAACAUGUCAUUAACCAGACAGGAUAGAAAUAUAAGGAUAUUCAUGGUUACUCUUUUCAUUGGUUUGAUGAGCGUUUUGUUAGUGUAUCCAGUGAGAUAUUUAGCCAGUCUUUUGAAUACCAAAAGUAUUUCCAAGAUAUGGCCGUCUUUGGGAAGAGCCAUUAAAGAUCAUAAAUGGGCAAAGACAUUAAUCACAGGUUUUUUACCAACUUAUCUUUUCACGAUUUUAAACAUUGUUAUACCAUUUUUUUAUGUUUGGAUAUCACUGAGACAAGGGUUUUUAUCUCAUAGUGAUGAAGAAUUAUCAUCAGUGUCAAAGAACUUUUUCUAUAUAUUUGUCAAUUUGUUCUUGGUUUUCACCACAUUUGGUACUGCUUCAUUAGUGGAUACAACCAAAAUAGCAUCUGAUUUGGCAAGAUCAUUAAGAGAUUUAUCAUUGUUCUACGUGGAUUUCAUAAUUUUACAAGGAUUGGGUAUAUUCCCAUUUAAAUUGUUGUUACUAGGAAAUUUACUUCGAUUUUUAACACAUUCUAUAUUUCGAUGUAAAACUCCCAGAGAUUACUUGAAGUUGUAUAAACCUCCAGUGUUUAAUUUUGGUCUACAAUUACCUCAACCGAUUUUGAUAUUCAUUAUAACAUUAGUAUAUUCUGUGAUGUCAUCUAAAAUCUUAACUGCUGGUAUACUUUAUUUCAUAAUUGGAUAUUUUGUUAGCAAGUAUCAAUUAUUGUAUGCGUGUGUUCACCCUCCACAUUCUACUGGUAAAGUUUGGCCCUUGAUUUUUAGCAGAAUUAUUUUGGGAUUAUUUUUAUUCCAAAUAACCAUGGUGGGAGCUUUGGCUCUUCAAAAUGCAGUUACCUGUGCGUCAUUCUUGGCACCAUUGCCCUUGUUGACAGUUUAUUUCUGGUGGAGUUUUGAAAAACAAUAUAUUCCAUUGUCAAUGUUUAUUGCUUUAAGAGCCAUUGAAAAUAAUGGGAAUGAUGACAACUCCCAAGACGCAGACGUGGAACAAAAUGGUGAUUUCAACAACAAGACACUUGAUGAAAGAAGGGAAUUGAACACGAGGUAUGAAUAUCCAAAUUUGGUAAAUGAUUUAGAUGGACCAAUGAUUGCAUUAGAAGGUAAUGAUAUGCUCCUUGUUAAUCAAGAUGGUACAACAAUACGAAAAAGACAGACAUUUGAUUCACAAUGGGAUUAUUAA